GGAUGCCGCAGAGUAGGAGACGAAGCUGCCUAGGCAAGUUCAUUGAUCGUCGAAACGUCGGUGAUAGUGGUUGCAACAUGGCAGCAGGUUCUUUCUUCCUACAAAACUUGUUGCGUUCAAAGUAUUUCGGGCUGUUUCUUUGUUUCGCGCUUAUUCAUGGACAGCCAGGAUUUGCCCAAGUCAAUGGGGAAAUUGAAACUUUUGACCUUCUCAUGCCAAAUGUGCUGCCCAAAAAGGCAGAAACAUAUUUUUGCACUCCAAUCCGGAUUGACUCCGACACGGAUUACUAUAUAGUUGGAUUCGUUCCAAAUGCAACUAUGGAGACUGCCCAUCACAUGCUGCUGUAUGGUUGCGAAGAACCUGGAAGUGAUGAAGAAGUUUGGAAUUGCGGUGAAAUGGCAGUCAAAGAUCCUUCCUUGAAAUCAGCGGAACCCUGCAAAAAAGGCGCUCAAGUUAUUUACGCUUGGGCUCACGAUGCACCACCAUUGCAGUUGCCCCCUGGAGUAGGCUUUCACGUUGGCGGACGAUCUAAAAUUCAAUACAUCACGUUGCAAGUGCAUUAUGCAAGCGUCGAACGGUUUGCUGAUGGCACGAGAGAUGAUUCUGGCGUCUUUUUAAAAUAUACCACCAUACGUCAACCGAAAUCUGCUGGUGUACUUCUGAUGGGAACUGGCGGACGGAUUUCAGCCAACAGUGUCGAAUAUAUGGAAACAGCCUGCAAGAUUAACGAAGAUAAAGUCAUUUAUCCGUUCGCUUUUCGAACCCACACGCACGCACUAGGACGAGUUGUGUCCGGAUACAAAGUGAGCAGAGUCAAUCGUAAAGAUCAAUGGAAACUCAUUGGAAAACAGGAUCCACAGCUUCCUCAAAUGUUUUAUCCCGUCGCUAAUAAUCUGACGUUGACGAAAGGAGAUACAGUGGCCGCUCGAUGCACGAUGGUCAGCAAUCGAAAUUGGGUAACGCGAAUCGGCAUGACGGGAGCAGACGAAAUGUGCAAUUUUUACAUCAUGUACUGGAGUGAUGCGCGUCAAGGUAUUUUAUCACAGAAGCACUGCUUUACCACUGGACCUCCUUAUUACUACUGGGAUAUAGAGGGAUCUUUAACCAAUCUGCCUACAGAUGCAUCGGAACUCUAAAUGCAUUCAUUGUAAGCAAGGCAGAUGAAAACAAGAAGAAAAGAAAACCACGUUUGAAAAACAAUUUACCAAGUUUUUAUUGUUAUAAAAGCAUAACACAAAGAAUUAUAUCUAUUAACACUAUUCAGUUGGCGAAAGAUGAAUUGCAUGAAUAUUUACCACGCACCCACUCGUCUCCAUAGAAAUUUAUCAAAAACGAUUAAUUAUGAUGUAUUGUAAUAAUAAUGUAACAUCUGUGUGAAAAAGUAAUUCGCCAAACGACACUCAAGGAAAAUAUCGCACAUGGAUCCACUAUUACUCCACUGUUUAAAAUGAGAACUGAAACUAUUCACACGCAAAAAAGCAAGGAUUCCCAUAAUUUUACAGUCCUAAUUUACUUUUUGUUCAAUUCCGGAUGACCACAAGGCAAUGUCAGAAUCCUUCGCGAUAAGCACCGAACUAAAAAUGCACGAUAAAAUUCUUUCUUGCUAUUUGGCGCAAUCAAAAGUAUUACACUAAAGCUCAAUAAGAGCACAACAUUUCUA